CUGUGGUGUAUGGCAUAGAGCAUGCCUUAAGAAGUCUGAAGGCUCAAGGCUAUCCUGUGACAUCAAUUUAUCUGAGGAGGAGUGUAGUGUAGAAGACAGUUAUUCAUCAGGAGAAGAGUACAUUCCAGAUUCUGCAUCUGAAAGCUUGGACUCUGAAUAUGACAUUGACUCUGACAAAAAUCAAGAAAAAACAAGAAGAGAAGAUGGGCAGAUCCUUUUAGAGACAUCAAGAUUGGAUAUUUCAGAGGACGUUCAGAUUAACCGUUCCAUUGGAGAUGUUCAAAACAGCAAUGAGACUACAGUAACAGAAGACAAAUUGGAAAGCUGCGUAGGAACAACUGAGAAAAAUUAUUGUUUUGUGUGUGGAAAGCCUCAAACUAAAAUUACACGACAUUUCAAAAUACAUGAAAAAGAAUGUCUAAAAAUUGCUCAAGCUCUUAGCCUCCCCAGUGGAUCCAAAACCAGAAAAAUACUGUUGGAAAAAUUUAGAAAUGAGGGCAAUUUUAAGCACAAUGCAGAAGUACAAAAGACUGGAAUAGGUUGUCUGAAAGUAAAAAGGAUCCCAAAAACUAGCAACAGAAAAGAAACAUUUGACUACUGUUUGUACUGUAAAGGAAUGUUUGCGAAGAAAGAACUGUGGAGACAUGCACGGAGAUGCCCUUUAAAAUCUAUAGCCCACAGAGAGAGCUCACAUGAUGCAUUUAAAGACAGAAGAAAAGUUUUGGGUGUGGCAACCUCUCAAUCAACCCUGUCCCAACCCAUAUCUGAUGGUGUGUGGAAGAUAUUGUCGAAAAUGCAUCAGGAUGAUGUGUCACUUGCAGUGAGAAAUGACCAUUACAUACUGCAACUUGCUCAGUCAUUAUUUAAUAAACAUGGCCAUGACCCAUCUAAACAUGAAUACAUUCGCCAAAAAAUAAGAGAACUUGGUCGAUUAAUUGUCACCCUUCAUAAUACUACGAACAUUCAUAACCUGGAAGAAGCCAUACAGCCCCGGAACUUCAUCACACUCACCAAUGCAGUAAAGGAUGUAGCAGGAUUUGAUGGUGAAAACAACAGCUACAAGUCUCCAAGCCUUGCUUUAAAAAUUGGUCAUUCUCUGAGAAAGGUCAGUGACCUCAUACAAUGUCGAGCACUCAUGACGGAUGAUCAGGAGGGCAUCAGAUCUGUCGAAAUGUUCCAAAAACUGUAUGAAGCCAAAUGGUCAGAGUUCGUCUCCCAUUCUGCUUUGUCAAAUCUAAGUGAAGCAAAAUACAAUAAAGCUUCCUCUCUGCCACUAACUAGAGACAUACAAAAGCUCCAUCAAUUCUUAGAUCAGGAGGCAGAAUCAGCACUGAAGGUUCUAAAAGGGACAUCAUGUGCUACAAAUUAUGCUAAACUGUCUAGAUUGACUCUUUGUCAAGUCAUUCUUUUUAACAGGAGACGGGCAGGCGAAGUGUCAAAGAUGACUGUUAAAAAUUACCAGGACCGCAAGACUUCAAAGUUAAGUGAUGUGAACUUUGGCCUGUCUGAGAUGGAAAAAAAACUUUCUGAGCAUUUUGCCAGAGUUGAGUUAAGAGGCAAAAGAGAUCGAAAGGUUGCUGUUCUUCUCACUCCCAAAAUGACCACUGCCCUUUCACUUCUUGUAAGCAAAAGACAGGAAUGUGGUGUGGAGGACUCAAACACCUACCUUUUUGGAAUUCCUCGAUGUCAGAGCCACUACAGGGGUCAAGACUGCCUUAGAUCCUAUGCAGAUUUGUGCGGUGCAGAAAACCCAGCAUACUUGAGGUCUACAAACCUAAGAAAACAUGUUGCUACGAUCAGCCAGGUGAUGAACCUAAAAGAUAAUGAGUUGGACCAACUUGCUGAUUUUCUUGGGCAUGAUAUACGAGUGCACAGGGAAUUUUAUCGCCUGCCAGAGUCCACAAUUCAGGUGGCAAAAAUUUCUAAACUGCUUUUGGCUAUGGAAAAGGGAAGUCUGUCCAACAUCCAGGGAAAGUCCCUUGACCAGAUUGAUGAUGAAGUGGAUAUGAGCAAUGCCAGCAAGGAAGGAGUUGAGGCAGACAUUUUUACCACUUGGCAAACUGAGGGAGAAGGUGGAAACAUUGGUGCAGGCAGCAGUGUGGCUUCUUCUGGAAAUACUGCGCAAAGAGGAAGAAAGACGGCUUAUGUGAAGCAACCAUGGAGCAGUCUGGAAACUAAGGCUGUCAUGAAGCACUUUGGGCAGCACAUAAAGAAAGGAAAGUUAGCUACCUUGACAGAGUGCGAAGCAUGCAAAGAAGCAGAAAACCCCAUUCUGGAGAAACGGACAUUACAAAAUAUUAGAGACUUUGUGCGAAACAGGGGAAUAUCUCACAAGCGCCUUUUACUUUCAGUAGAUAGAUAAGUAAAGGUGUACUGCUGUAUGAAUCAGUUAUGUGAGGUGUACUGCUGUAUGAAUCAGUUAUGUGAGGUGUACUGCUGUAUGAAUCAGUUCUGUGAGGUGUACUGCUGUAUGAAUCAGUUAUGUGAGGUGUACUGCUGUAUGAAUCAGUUAUGUGAGGUGUACUACUGUAUGAAUCAGUUCUGUGAGGUGUACUGCUGUAUGAAUCAGUUCUGUGAGGUGUAGUGCUGUAUGAAUCAGUUAUGUGAGGUGUACUGCUGUAUGAAUCAGUUCUGUGAGGUGUACUACUGUAUGAAUCAGUUCUGUGAGGUGUACUGCUGUAUGAAUCAGUUCUGUGAGGUGUAGUGCUGUAUGAAUCAGUUAUGUGAGGUGUACUGCUGUAUGAAUCAGUUCUGUGAGGUGUACUACUGUAUGAAUCAGUUCUGUGAGGUGUAGUGCUGUAUGAAUCAGUUAUGUGAGGUGUACUGCUGUAUGAAUCAGUUCUGUGAGGUGUACUACUGUAUGAAUCAGUUCUGUGAGGUGUACUGCUGUAUGAAUCAGUUAUGUGAGGUGUACUGCUGUAUGAAUCAGUUAUGUGAGGUGUAGUGCUGUAUCAGUUCUGUGAGGUGUACUGCUGUAUGAAUCAGUUCUGUGAGGUGUAGUGCUGUAUGAAUCAGUUAUGUGAGGUGUACUGCUGUAUGAAUCAGUUAUGUGAGGUGUACUACUGUAUGAAUCAGUUCUGUGAGGUGUACUGCUGUAUGAAUCAGUUAUGUGAGGUGUACUGCUGUAUGAAUCAGUUAUGUGAGGUGUACUACUGUAUGAAUCAGUUCUGUGAGGUGUACUGCUGUAUGAAUCAGUUCUGUGAGGUGUACUGCUGUAUGAAUCAGUUAUGUGAGGUGUACUGCUGUAUGAAUCAGUUAUGUGAGGUGUACUACUGUAUGAAUCAGUUCUGUGAGGUGUACUGCUGUAUGAAUCAGUUCUGUGAGGUGUACUGCUGUAUGAAUCAGUUAUGUGAGGUGUACUGCUGUAUGAAUCAGUUAUGUGAGGUGUACUGCUGUAUGAAUCAGUUCUGUGAGGUGUACUACUGUAUGAAUCAGUUCUGUGAGGUGUACUGCUGUAUGAAUCAGUUAUGUGAGGUGUACUGCUGUAUGAAUCAGUUCUGUGAGGUGUAGUGCUGUAUGAAUCAGUUCUGUGAGGUGUACUGCUGUAUGAAUCAGUUCUGUGAGGUGUAGUGCUGUAUCAGUUCUGAGGUGUACUGCUGUAUGAAUCAGUUAUGUGAGGUGUAGUGCUGUAUGAAUCAGUUCUGUGAGGUGUACUGUUGUAUGAAUCAGUUAUGUGAGGUGUACUGCUGUAUGAAUCAGUUAUGUGAGGUGUACUGCUGUAUGAAUCAGUUAUGUGAGGUGUACUGCUGUAUGAAUCAGUUAUGUGAGGUGUAGUGCUGUAUCAGUUCUGUGAGGUGUACUGCUGUAUGAAUCAGUUCUGUGAGGUGUAGUGCUGUAUCAGUUCUGUGAGGUGUACUGCUGUAUGAAUCAGUUCUGUGAGGUGUACUGCUCUAUGAAUCAGUUAUGUGAGGUGUACUGCUGUAUGAAUCAGUUAUGUGAGGUGUACUGCUGUAUGAAUCAGUUAUGUGAGGUGUAGUGCUGUAUCAGUUCUGUGAGGUGUACUGCUGUAUGAAUCAGUUAUGUGAGGUGUAGUGCUGUAUCAGUUCUGUGAGGUGUACUGCUGUAUGAAUCAGUUCUGUGAGGUGUAGUGCUGUAUGAAUCAGUUAUGUGAGGUGUAGUGCUGUAUCAGUUCUGUGAGGUGUACUGCUGUAUGAAUCAGUUAUGUGAGGUGUACUGCUGUAUGAAUCAGUUAUGUGAGGUGUACUGCUGUAUGAAUCAGUUAUGUGAGGUGUACUGCUCUAUGAAUCAGUUAUGUGAGGUGUAGUGCUGUAUCAGUUCUGUGAGGUGUACUGCUGUAUGAAUCAGUUAUGUGAGGUGUACUGCUGUAUGAAUCAGUUCUGUGAGGUGUACUGCUGUAUGAAUCAGUUAUGUGAGGUGUAGUGCUGUAUGAAUCAGUUCUGUGAGGUGUACUGCUGUAUGAAUCAGUUAUGUGAGGUGUACUGCUGUAUGAAUCAGUUCUGUGAGGUGUACUGCUGUAUGAAUCAGUUAUGUGAGGUGUAGUGCUGUAUGAAUCAGUUAUGUGAGGUGUAGUGCUGUAUCAGUUCUGUGAGGUGUACUGCUGUAUGAAUCAGUUAUGUGAGGUGUAGUGCUGUAUGAAUCAGUUCUGUGAGGUGUACUGCUGUAUGAAUCAGUUAUGUGAGGUGUACUGCUGUAUGAAUCAGUUAUGUGAGGUGUACUGCUGUAUGAAUCAGUUAUGUGAGGUGUACUGCUGUAUGAAUCAGUUAUGUGAGGUGUAGUGCUGUAUGAAUCAGUUCUGUGAGGUGUACUGCUGUAUGAAUCAGUUAUGUGAGGUGUACUGCUGUAUGAAUCAGUUAUGUGAGGUGUAGUGCUGUAUCAGUUCUGUGAGGUGUACUGCUGUAUGAAUCAGUUAUGUGAGGUGUACUGCUGUAUGAAUCAGUUAUGUGAGGUGUAGUGCUGUAUGAAUCAGUUCUGUGAGGUGUACUGCUGUAUGAAUCAGUUAUGUGAGGUGUACUGCUGUAUGAAUCAUUUCUGUGAGGUGUACUGCUGUAUGAAUCAGUUAUGUGAGGUGUACUGCUGUAUGAAUCAGUUAUGUGAGGUGUACUGCUGUAUGAAUCAGUUAUGUGAGGUGUACUGCUGUAUGAAUCAGUUAUGUGAGGUGUAGUGCUGUAUGAAUCAGUUAUGUGAGGUGUAGUGCUGUAUCAGUUCUGUGAGGUGUACUGCUGUAUGAAUCAGUUAUGUGAGGUGUAGUGCUGUAUGAAUCAGUUCUGUAGGGUGUACUGCUGUAUGAAUCAGUUAUGUGAGGUGUACUGCUGUAUGAAUCAGUUAUGUGAGGUGUAGUGCUGUAUGAAUCAGUUCUGUGAGGUGUACUGCUGUAUGAAUCAGUUCUGAAGGGUGUACUGCUGUAUGAAUCAGUUCUGUGAGGGGUAGUGCUGUAUGAAUCAGUUCUGUGAGGGGUACUGCUGUAUGAAUCAGUUCUGUGAGGUGUACUGCUGUAUGAAUCAGUUCUGAAGGGUGUACUGCUGUAUGAAUCAGUUCUGAAGGGUGUACUGCUGUAUGAAUCAGUUCUGUAGGGUGUACUGCUGUAUGAAUCAGUUAUGUGAGGUGUAGUGCUGUAUGAAUCAGUUAUGUGAGGUGUACUGCUGUAUGAAUCAGUUAUGUGAGGUGUACUGCUGUAUGAAUCAGUUAUGUGAGGUGUAGUGCUGUAUCAGUUAUGUGAGGUGUAGUGCUGUAUGAAUCAGUUAUGUGAGGUGUACUGCUGUAUGAAUCAGUUAUGUGAGGUGUACUGCUGUAUGAAUCAGUUCUGUGAGGUGUACUGCAAAAUAUUUUCUAUUUCUAUUUUACAAAGUAAAAAUUAUUUUAAAUAAAAAAAAUAGUUCAGCAAAUGUAAUGUAAGAUGCGAAGUUGAUAAACAGUUAAUUUAUUUGUAAAAUAAAGCAUGUUUAGUUGGA